UAACCUUGAUGAUGUUGACAAGUGACAACUAUAAUGUAAAUACAGAAUUUUGAUAAUAUUUUGUUUUUGACUACUUGAUUUUUAAAACUAAAAUAUACUGAUUAUAAUUAUUUGCACUUAAUUGAUGAUGUUUUUAUUAAAAAAUAAAUAAAAUGUUUUAAGAAACAAUUAAGCAUUAAAAUGGAUAUUGUUAAUGCACUAUUAUGUAGAGCAUGUAUGAAAAGUGAUUGUGAGUUGCUGUCAAUGUUUGAUGACACUGACAACAAUAAUUUACCACAAAAAUUUGCUGAUCUUGCUUCAAAAGAGAUUUAUGAAAAUGAUGGUUUACCAACAUUCAUUUGUUCAACUUGUGCUGAUAAAAUAUUAUUAUUUCAUGAAUUCAAAUGUCAAAUACAAGAAUCAGAAAUAAAAUUACGUAAUUUAUUUAAUAAUCAUACAGAUGUAGAAUUAUUUGAUGAACAAUUUGAUGAAAAUAUUGAAAAAAAUGAUGAUCUUAAUGAUGAUAUUUGUAUAGAUGAAACAUCAAAAUUAAAUGAUGAUAAUGAAAAUCAAGAAGUACAAAAUUAUAUCAAUAACGUUGAUGGCAUUAAUAAUUCAAAUGAAAUAUUUUUAAUAUCAAAUUCAUUAGAAUCAAAAAAUGACAAGCCAACUGAUGAUGAAAUAUUACCAGAGUCAACUGAAAAUAAUGACAUGAGUUACACAUUUUUUUACAUUCCUGAAGAAAAACAAGAUGAAAAAAUUAAUUUAAUAACUCAAGAUUCCCAUCAUCUAAAUUUAGAUAAAAAAAUUAUAAAAACAUCAUCAAUAUCAUCACUACCAACAGAUCUAAAUAAAAAUAUAAAUAAUCCAUCAAAUGACAUUGAUAAUUUACCAGAUAACUCGAACAAAAUAAAUGAAAUAAAAAUGAAAAGUAAAACUGAAUAUCAAUGUACAAUUUGUCAUAAUAAUUACCCAGAAUUAUCAUCAAUUCUUGAGCACAAUAUUGACAAUCAUAUUCCUAAAAAUGGACCAUUUAUUUGCAUAAUUUGUGAAAAAAUUUGCAACAAUAACAAUGAUCUACAUAGUCACAUAAAAAUUCAUACUGAAAAAAAUCCAUAUUCUUGUUUUAUAUGUAACAAAUCAUAUACAACAAAAAGCAGCUUAAAUCUUCAUAUAAAUGAUCAUUCAAAUGAUGAUAAUAAUAUUGAUGAAAGCAUUAAUAAUUCAAUAUACAAUUGUCAAUAUUGUGACAAGGUAUUUAAUCAUAAAAAUAAUUAUCAAUGUCAUUUGAUGAGUCAUCUUGAUCCAGGUGCAAUAAAAUUACCAAAAUUUCCAUGUGAAAUCUGUGGUAAAAGAUUUGCGAAUAAUCGAACAUUAGAGACUCACAUACGUGUACAUACUGGUGAAAAACCAUAUAAGUGUAAUAUUUGUAAUAAAAAAUUUUCUCAACGUGGAAAUUUAUUUAAUCAUGAGAAAAUACAUUUAACACCACGUUUUUAUGAGUGUGAUAUUUGUAAUAAGAAAUUCAAUCAAAGUUCAACAUUGAGAGAUCAUAAGUUGUUGCAUACUGGCGAAAAACCAUAUGUUUGUAACAUUUGUAGUGCAGCAUUUACAUUUGGUGCAGCAUUGAGAAGACACUUGUGGAUCCACAGUGAUGAUAAACCUCAUCAGUGUGAAAUUUGUCUAGCUAAAUUUGUCGGUAAAUAUGAUUUAAAAAGACACAUUAAAAUACAUAGUGAUAAGAGUAAAAAUAAACGAAAUAAUAAGAAUAAUAUUGAUGAAGAAAAUAUUGAAUUUCAUGAUGUUGAAACUCUUCAUGAUGAUUAUGAAGAAGAACAUGUUAUUUAUGUUGAUACCAGUGUUGUUGAUAGCCAUAAUGAUGAUAAUUUUAAUGACAAUAAUUUAUUUAUUAACAAUGAAUUUUUAGAAGGCAAUAAUUUGACAUUAAAUUUUCAUGAAAAUUCUAAAAAAGAAAAUGGCGAUUUAAUAUUUAAUGGGUAUAGUUAAUUUUAUUUGAUUUUCAAAUAUAUAUUCAUUUAAAUAAUUAUUAGUAAUAUUGUUUUUUUUUUUUUUUAAAUAUAAUUUAUUUAUUUUUUAAAUUGAGAAAGUAUUUAAAAUCAAUUUCGAAAUCAUUUUCUUGAUUUUUUUUUUUCUAUUUUAAUUAUUAUUGGACGGUUUCAUUUGUUUUUUUUUUUUUUUUAUUAAUAUGUUUAUAUGUUUAUCAUAUAUAUGUAUUAACAAUUAUUAUUAUUUUAUUUUAUAUAUAUAUUUUUUUUUUUGUAACAAUGUAAUAUAAAAAAAAAAUUACACACAAUUUAUUGACAGAAAAAAAAACAAGUUAUAUACCAUUUUUUACAGUUGCAUAAAAAUUAAAAAAAAAAAAUAAUUAAAAAGUUUAAUUAUAUUUUUAAAUUCACAUACUUUUGUUAAAUUAUUAAAAAAAUUCAUUAAUUUUUUUUCUGAAAUUUAAAGUAGUUAAUCAGUAUUUUAAUAGUAAUUAUUAGUAUUUUUAAAUAAAACAAAUAUAAUAAAAUUCAAAAUUAAUCGAAUUUCGAUUCCACUUUGUGAAAACAAUUUAAUUGCUUUUUUUUUAUCUAAAUAAUAAUAAUAAAUGUACAAUCAACAUUGUUGAGGCCAAUCAAAUAAAAAAUUUUCUGAGCUUUGAAAUACUUACAUCAAAAAA